UGACGACAAAUGAAAAGAAAAGGAUACGAAUUCUUGUCAGGUUAUAAGUUAAAGGAGGGGGAAUAGACUGUGAAAUAAAACGUUUCAUCAGAGUCAAGCAUGUCAUAGUUCGACGAAACUAAGUGCGAUGAUAACAAAGAUGAAAUACUUUAUGAUACUAGGAAUUCUCGCCUGCAGUAUCCACAUUAUCACGGCUAAGGAUACUCGUACGGAAUUUGAAAAAGCGUUGAUUGUACCGAAUAUAUUAGACGUAGCACCGGUGGAGAAAAUCGAGGUGAAAUAUGGGGACAAGAGUGUUGAUUUGGGAAAUGAAUUAACUCCAACAGAAACACGACAGAUUCCAGAAAUUCAUUAUAAACACGAAGGAGGUGUACUUUACACGUUAGUAAUGACAGAUCCUGAUGUACCGACUAGAAAAGGAUAUAAUAGAGAAUUUCGACACUGGUUGGUCGGAAAUAUUCCGGAAGAGAAUAUUGCCAAAGGAGAAGUAUUAGCUGAAUACGUUGGCCCAGCGCCGCCAAAAAAUACUGGGAAACAUCGAUACGUUUUUCUCGUUUAUAAACAGACUCAAGGAUCCAUUACGUUCGACGAGAGAAGGUUAAGCAACAGAGAUGGUCCUCAGCGAAAGCGGUUCAACGUAAAGAAGUUUGCAGAAAAAUAUAAUCUGGAGGGUCCAAUAGCAGGAAACUUCAUGAGAGUUGAAUAUGAUGAUAAUGUGCCCGCGUACGCGAAGCUCUUAGGAUUUUAAGGAUCUCAAGCAAUUUUAAAUCUUUAACAAUUAAUUAACAAAGGAUAUUCUUUUUAUUAAUAUUCAGGUGAUGGUACGAACAUAUUGCUUGUACAAACAUGACUACCGAUCUAUAAUGAAGAACGGUGAAAUGAUAUUAAUAAAUGUUUCAUAAGACAAUA